AUGACGUCAUACAAAAUAGCCCCACCAGAAUUUCAGGCUAAAAUUUCAGGCGAACGCACCCAAGUCGCAAGAGGGGCCCUCACAACCACAGACAUAAUGGCAGAUGAAAGCUUUCAGAAGGAGUUCCUGGAGACUCACAAUGCCUACAGGGCGAUGCAUGGUGCACUGCCACUGACCCUCAGUAGCGACAUGAAUGAUUCAUCUCAGAAAUGGGCCGAUCACUUGCUGGAGCUCGGUGUCUUCCAACACAGUGAUACAAAACAUGGAGAGAACAUCUACCACAUGGUGGGCUCCGGGGCCUUGACAGGGAAAGGAGCUGUGGAUGCGUGGUACAGUGAGAUCAAAGACUACAACUGGAGCAGUCCUGGGUUUGGCAUGAACACUGGGCAUUUUACUCAGGUGGUUUGGAAAGACACCACUAAACUGGGUGUGGGUGUAGCCUCUGUUGGUACCAAUGUCUAUCUGGUUGCCCAAUAUUCUCCACCUGGCAACAUGAACAUGCCAGGAUACUUCGAGAAAAACGUCCUUGAGAAAGGUAGUGGAGGAGUGGAGAAAGGAACAGACAGCCCCCCCAGUGGGGAUUCUGACAAGAGCAAAAGGAAAUGUUGCACACUGCUAUAGAUGACCUAGACCAUCCCUCCUGCUGCCUCUUAAUAUUCC